AUGUCUUUCUCCGAGAGGAACUCCAAUCCGAUUACCUAUCCGUGUUUGAGGUCUAUACUUGGUUUCAGCUCCGUAGACAAGAGGUAUUCAUUCCACAACACACGAGAUCUCGGCUCUUUUGAUAAAAGUUCAAUUGUGGGGCCAUCGAAUUUCAUGAAGCUUUCAGAAGACUGAUCAGCGCAAGCAUCCCAGAAACCCGGACGCCCGAUCGCGUUCUUCCGUACAUUUUCGAAAAUGUGUACGUAGACCAUUGGGAUAACUACAACAUCUACAUAAUGUAUAUCGACGAACACACGUUCAUUAUUAAAUAUUUAAGCGACGAAUACGUAAGCGUCAAUCGUUCUGACCAGAAUGCACUCGAACUGCGUAUGUGCGCUGAUGGUUUCUACCAGUUGAUCAAACGACUCGUCGCCUUUUUAUUCGACCGAAAUGGAACUGUCAUCACGAAUCUGAGAGUUAGGGUAGGAAUCAGAGUUGAGCGGAAGAACUCAACACGGAAGAAUUUUUAUCUUUUUUAGAAAAUUUUUUCAUGAAAUGUGACCAACUGACGAAAUGUAGAGCAAAGUAAACUGUGCUCGUAGAAAAAUAUCUGUAAAUUUAACUUUUCAUACAAAAAAUUUAUUCGAGUUGUUCCGUGAAAAUGUCCUUCCGUCUUCCCCGUUAGCCCUAACUUUUUUGUAUAAAAAGCUAAAUUUACAAUUAUUUUUCUAUGAGCACAGUUCACUUUGCUAUACAUUUCGUCAGUUGAUCACAUUUCAUGAAAAAAUUUUCUAAAAAAGAUAAAAAUUCUUCCGUGUUCUUCCGCUCAACUCUGGUAGGAAUUAAUGAUCAUGUUCGUGCAGACGAACAACAGGCUGUCACCGGAUUACUUUCCGUUCCGUCCUCAAGUCCAAAUAUUUUCAAUCCAUCUUACAAUGACCUUUAACGUGCACUACGACAAAAUCUAUAAAGAGACUAUCAAAGACUACACUCUGGACACAUUUUUCAUUGAUAACAACGUCCGCGACCCGAUUGUUUUCAAGGAUUUGGCUGUAAGCGCUCGAUAGUCGUCUCGCACGUCGCACACUCAUUUUUGCAGGGCCUCAACGUCAGACGGCUGGAAAUUUUGACGCCCGAAAUGAGUGAUUUAUCCCUGACACACCUAGACUUCGACUGCUAUUCGAUUUGUGAGCACACGAGUAGCCUGUCUAGCUUUAUCGCUCAUUGUCGAAAGCUCGCCUCGAAUGUUCACUCGGUGAACACCAGUUACGAGUGCAUUCUCAACGAUAUCUACCCUCCUGACGUUGAUGUGCUCCGACGAGUGCUCACUGAAGUGCCGAACGGCGUAUUGAAAAUGUUGUACGAAGUUGACCGAUGCGAGCGGCACGGUUGGAAACUCUGUGUUUGCUUCCCGCUUCCGGGACAACUCGAGCUGAAUGUGUUCAGAAGAUUACCGUUGCACGUUGCGAUUGUUAUGGAAGCCGGCAGUGCGGUAAGAUAAUCCAAUUGACGCUAGAUGAGUCUCGACACGAACCAAUUUCCGUCCAAUUUCGCCUUUCUUCGACGGUUUCAAUUCCAAACAGAAGUUUCAGGUGGACAGAAAAGAAGAGAACAAUAUUGGGAGGAAUCGGAAGCCGCCACCGAUCACUCGUCUUUUUCAUUAUCUUCGAAGGUGUUUUAUUCGACGCUGAACUUUAAAUAA